GUUACUAAUCAUAUGUUUCGCAUAUUUAAGACAUAUUUAACUUAAUUUUUUUUCUUUAUGCGCACUUUGCCGUCGUCUGUGUCAACGGAAUGAUUGCGUUUGGUUUCUAUUUUUCUUUUUUGCAUCCUCCUAUUUACUGGAUGAUGAUGAUGAUGAUGAUAAUGAUAAUCAUAAUGAUGAACCACUACCGUGUGCUUUUGCUGUUGCCGAAUAUGUGGUUUGUUACGUGUUGCAUGAAUUUCGGUCAAAAAGUGUGUGCAUGUGUAUGUUUCUGUGUGUUUUCAAUAGCACACAUAUCAAACUAAUCAAUUAACAACAAUAACAAUAAAUAGCGACAACAACAACAACAACUACAAUACAGACAUUAACUAUUUAUUAAAUAAAUAACGAGGGAAAUUUAAACGCAUUGUUUAUACUGUGCGCGAGUAACGAACUUUUUAUUGUAUUGUUAUAAUUGGAAUCAAUUCUUCUGUUAGACCGACUUUUUCUGUUUCUGGGAACCCAAGCACCGGCCUUAAACUGGCGGAGAAGAAAGUACAAAUGGCUUUAUGCCAAACAUCCGUGCUUAAAGUGUAUCAUGCUGUUAUAGAAGAUGUGAUAGCGAACGUGCGUGAUGCAUUUCUCGAUGAGGGCGUUGAUGAACAAGUUUUACAAGAAAUGAAGCAGAUAUGGCGCUCAAAACUAUUGGCCAGUAAAGCUGUUGAACUAAAUCCUGAACCCACAAAUGACAUGCAACCUCCACAAAUUGUAGCAAAUAAUCCCAAGCCCACGAAGGCUCAAGCAGCUAAAGCGAAAAAGGCGGCAGCUGCUGCUGCGGCCGCAUCACAACAAGCUCAAAGUAACGCAUCAGCUCAAAACACUACCUCAACAGCGUCAGGCAAUGCCGGCAUAUCGUCACUAGUUGAUGUUAAGCCAAAUAUUGCCGCAUUACAGCAUGCUGUCAGUAAUACAACAACUUCGACUAUUUCCACCGCGGCUAUGAAUGGUACAAUUAAACAAGAACCUCAAGUAGUACAGCAAUCGUUGACAAUAGUAAAUCAGCAAUCAUUGCCUCCAUCACAAUUGCAGGCAAGCUCUUCAAAUGCGGCCGCUAUAAUGCAACAACAAAAACAGGUGGUAAUCAAUAAUCAGCAGCAGCAGCAGCAACAGCAACAGCAGCAACAAACGUCAUCAGGAAUUAAUAGCAGCAAUCAACCGCAACAACAACAACAGCAAUCAUCUACUAUACCUAUUGUGGCUUCGUUGGAUCCAAAUCGUAUAAUGCCCGUCAAUAUAACUUUGCCUGCUCAACCGGGUACCAUGAACUCUGAAUCUCGGGUGCUUACUAUACAUGUUCCAGCUUCGGCUUUACAAGAGAAUCAACUCACGCAAAUUCUGACGGCUCAUUUAAUAUCUUCGAUAAUGUCAUUGCCUACAACGUUGGCUUCGUCAGUGCUGCAACAACACGUAAAUGCUGCAUUAGUUAACGCCAAUAUGCAAAAAAAUUUCAAUACUUCAAAGCAAAUGGACGGAGCUGUUGACACAUCGGACGAAGACGAAAGCGAAGAGAGUGAUGAUAAUAUGGACGAUGAUGAUAAUGAUGAUUUAGAUAAAGACGAUGACGAAGAUAUAGAAAAUGAAGGAGGUGCUGAAGAAGAGCCAUUAAAUAGCGAGGACGAUGUUACCGAUGAAGAUGCGAGCGAUCUAUUUGAUACUGAAAAUGUUAUUGUGUGCCAAUACGAUAAGAUAACACGAUCGCGAAAUAAAUGGAAAUUCUAUUUGAAAGAUGGUAUUAUGAAUAUAGGAGGGAAGGAUUAUGUUUUUCAAAAAUCGAACGGUGAUGCGGAAUGGUUGGAGCAAAAGAAAUCCAAGCCGUUAAAUGACUGCAGUAAAGGAUAUCUCGUGAAGUAUCGAUAAAAAUAUUUCAGGUUUUGUGGUCGAAAGUCAGUCAGCAAAGAGAAAAUUCGGUACAUUUUACAGUUGUCUUUUGGCAAAGGCGAAAUUGCAACUCCAGGCGGCCGUAAUUGCUUGUAUGGUGAUUACGGUCCCUAUACUGUAACAGCCAAUUAAGUGCAAUUUU